AUGGCUCCGACUCUGGAUACGAGUCGGCUCCUAGGCCUGCAACCAUCAGUUGCAUUGUUAUGCGCCACGUUGUUCCUGGUUGUGGGAUAUGCCGGGUACUCAGUCAUCUAUAACCUCUUCCUAUCACCUUUGAGCAGCGUCGCUGGUCCAAAGCUAUGGGCAAUCAGUGGCCUUCCCUACGCCGGGCUCUACACCAGCGGCCAAGGCCACAAGCGCAUGCAGAAGCUCCACGAGAAAUAUGGCGACGUUGUACGCGUAGCUCCCAACCACAUCGCCUUUCUAGACCCUAGAAUCUGGAAAGAAGCUUUGGGCCACCGCAAGGCCGGCGCUCUCGAGAACCUCAAGGACCCCAGUUUCUUCAGCCUGUCCGGGAACAGCAUCAUCGGCCCCGUCAACACGCAAGAGCACGGCCGCCAGAGACGCAUCCUCUCCCAUGCCUUCUCCGCCCAGAGCAUGGCCGAGCAGCAGCCUCUGAUCCGGGGCUACGUGGACCUGCUCAUGCAGCGGCUGAAGGAGAACUGCGAGGGCGGCGCCAGGGCGCUGGACAUGACCACCUUUUACAACUUUGCCACCUUUGACAUCAUCGGGGACCUGGCGUUCGGCGAGCCGUUUGGGUGCCUGAAUGAUAACACAUAUCACCCAUGGGUUGCGCUGAUCAUUGCGGGCAUCAAGCAGGCAGUGUAUCUGCUGCAGGUCCGCCGGAAUUUCCCCGCCGUGGAGCGAUUUAUUCGAAAGCAUCUCAUGCCGUACUUCAUGGCGAAGCGAUUGGCGCACGACGAGCUCACACGGGCCAAAGUCGCCAAGCGCAUGGCCAUGCAGGGUGAGAGGCCCGAUUUUAUGCAGGCAAUGCUGGCCAAGGACGCCGAAGGAGAAGACAAAUUGACCUUGGACCAAAUCAGGCUCAACGCAUCUCUCCUGAUUAUUGCAGGCUCCGAGACGACGGCCACCGCACUUUCUGGCGCCACGUAUUUCCUCGGCAGUCACCCUGACGUCCUCGCCCGGCUUGCAACAGAAGUGCGGUCGUCUUUCUCGUCAGAAGACGAGAUCACCCUGUUGAGCGUGCAGAAGCUCAAGUAUAUGCUGGCCGUCCUCGACGAGACCCUGCGGCUCUUUCCCCCAGUCCCAACCUCGUUUCCUCGGCGGGCACAUGAAGGGGGGGACGUCUUCUGCGGCACGUAUUUGCCUGAGAAUACUGUGAUUGAUAUUUGGCAAUUCGCAAUGUCACGAUCGCCAAAGAACUUCACCCUCCCAGAUUCGUUCAUCCCCGAGCGGUGGCUGGGGGAUGCGCGCUUUGCCAAUGACAAGAGGGAGGCAAGUCAGCCGUUCUCUCAUGGGCCUCGUAAUUGUGUUGGAAAGAACCUGGCCUAUGCUGAGAUGAGGUUGAUAAUGGCAAGGAUCAUCUGGAAUUUUGAUAUCGUGCUCGCUGAACCCAAUGUCGAUUGGAUCGACAUCAACGAGACGUACUCUCUUUGGGAGAAGAAGCCGCUCUAUGUUCACUUGAAACCAAGGCCGGCGUGAACUGCUAAGAUUGGUACUUGAUCAGAAAGUUUCGUGGCGAUUUGGGAUAAGCCGGUACACGGAUAUGACUACGGGAAAUUGCAUCGGGAAUGGUUCAAUUACAUGUUAUAAAUUGCAUGUAACAGUAGAGAUGGGUUAUGUUCCAGGAUGAUAUUGACACUGCACAAUCUGAACAUGAAUUGAGAG